UAUCAAAUAAAGUUCGAAAGAUCAGUAAAACUACUUUGAACUAAAAUGAAGUUAUUCAUUAUAUUCGCAAUUGUUUCUUUGGCUCUGCGUACCUCAGAAUCGUCUGGCAAUAGUAAACGUGCAAGCUCCAGUAAGACGUCAAUAUCGCUUUCACUAAGCUUUUUGCCAACGUCCACCUUGAGUGGAAAGAUUAAUGAUAUCACAGCGGAUUUGAACAUUGAAAAUGUUCGACAAGCUGCGGACGAAUAUAAAGGCACUACAUGGAUGAAAAAAUGCUGUGGUGAACAAAUAAAAGACUAUUCAAGUUUUUUCAAAAAAGUUGCUAAAUCGCCACCGAAAUAUCCUCAAACCGGUGUUUCAUUCUUAAACCCCAUUUUUGGAAAAGUAAAUGACAUUAUUUCAAAUUUCAACAUCCAAUAUCCUGAUGACAUCUACGUUCUUCUUCCUGAGUAA